AUGGAUGUUUUCGCAGUGAGCGAAAGUGUGAUCGCCCCCCAGGAGGAGAAGCCAGAUGGCAACUCCGGCGCCGAAGGUCAACCGCAGGAAGCGAACAAGUUCCAGCGUGCUAUUUCUGCUUGGAGAGGAAUCGAUUUGACUAAUACAAUCCCGAAAAUCGACGCUACUGCGUCUGAGAUUGUUGCGAACCAGCGCGAUGCUCUAGUGCAAAGAAAAGACCUUGCUCAGAAGACAAAGGACUUUAGAAAAUUAGACGAUGCAUCAAAGUUAACAGAAUACAAAGGACUUCUAAAAGCAUAUCAAACGUUUAUCGAUCUUUUAACGAAUCAUGGCAAGACAUCCUCAUCGUCUUUCCUACAACUAUACUCCUCCCUGUCCGAAGCGCCAGAUCCAUAUCCUCUCUUAGAAGCCUCGGUUGAUUCGCUCGUUGCAUCCGAAGACACUGUGCCCAAGUUGACGGCAGAAAAAGAACACCUGCAAAAGUCAGUGGGAGAUUUGACUAGCCAAUUGGAACAGACAGAAAAGCGACUGGAAGAGGAAAGCACCGCGCGCCGAAAUUUGGAAGAUACACAAGAUUCUAAGACCAAGGAGAUUGAAGCCUCGUGGGAUGCAGUAUUGUCGGAGAAAACCAACAACUGGGAAGCCAAGGAAAAGAGCUUGGAAGAAAAAAUCGAAAACCAGGACCGCUUGUUGAAGGAGUUGAAAGCAUCACUUGAGGUGUCGCAAAGACUCGACAAGGGCGAAGAAGUUGAUACAAGCCUCAACGCCGCCACAGCCGCAGAACUCGAAAUUGUUACGUCGGAUCUGGAGAAGACCAGCCUUCGUUUGGCCGAGGUCGAGGCGCGCAAUGAGCAAAUGCGACUAGAGCUUGCUCAAGCGGCAUCUCACUCCCAUGCCGAGCAAAAGUCUAUCGACGACGACCCUGCCUAUCUGCGACUCCAAUCCGAAAACUCGUCCUUGCUGCGAAAACUCGAUGCGGCCAGGUUCGACCGGGACACCGAAAGACACAACUGGGAAAGCAAAACCCGCCAGAACGAGCGAGAAGUCGCCAAUGCAUCAGCCGAGAAAGAAGAACUUCGCUCCAAGCUAGACAGAUAUGCCGACUACGAAGAGAUCAAGAGAGAGCUCGAGGUUAUCAAGUCUAUCGAGUUUUCGACCGGGGAUGAUGACGAUGUCGGCGACGUGCCGGAAGAAAUCAACAGCAAUGGGAACGGUGCAGCCAAAUCAAAAGAAAACACACUAGAGCAGCUAUUAAUGGCUCGCAACAAGAAGCUCACCAACGAGCUUACUAUUUUGCGAGUUUCGCAUCGAGACCUUCAAGGCCAAAUACAAACGCUGCAAGAGGAAGUUUCGAAGACGAGGACAGACCUUGAAAAGUCCCAGCAACUCUCUACAACACUUGAAAACGAUCUGUUUCGUUUACAAAAGGGAUCGCAUGCUAUCCCGUCUGCCGCGAUGUCUGUUGCAGGCACAUAUACUUCUCGCUACCACUCCUCCCGAAGAAACGGAGCAACCUCGCCAACUUCGUCGAUAAUCUCGGGCUUUGACCAAGGCGCUGCAUCCGCCAAUACUAUGGAAGCUAUUCGUGCUGGUGAAGCAGUUGGAGGCGGAUCAGGCCUUCUCCCAAUGAUCCAAGCGCAAAGAGACAGAUUCAAGCAUAAGAAUUCCGAAUUAGAGGAAGAGCUGUCAAAAACAUACGCCAACGUCAAAUCGCUCCGACAAGAAAUCGCUGCCCUUCAAAAGGACAACCUCAAUUUGUACGAGAAAACACGAUAUGUAUCGACGUAUAGUCGUGGCCAAGGCUCUGCUUCAACAUCAGCAUCAGUCCACGGCAACCGACCAAGCGCAGGGUCGAUACAACAUUCUAGCGAGACAUCUUCGGGCCUUACGCUGGAUAGGUACCAAUCCGCAUACGAAGCUCAAAUAUCUCCGUUCGCAGCCUUCCGUGGACGCGAGUCAACUCGAGCAUACAAACGCAUGAGUCUGCCUGAGCGUUUCGUCUUCUCAAUCACGCGCGUGGUCCUGGCGAAUCGCACAAGUCGGAACUUGUUUGCUGGUUAUUGUAUUGCGCUACACUUGCUUCUUUUUGUCAUGCUGUACAUGAUGAGUGCUGUUGAAAUCGAGAAACACCAUAUCGACAACCUUGCCAGCGGUGCUGCUGCUGCCGCUGCCGCCGCGGCCGGUGGUACUGGCGCUGGUGCUGGUUCUCGAAACGGUGGACAGUUACAAGGCGAUGAUUGGACGCAAGAAGGCUUCAAUUGA